AUGCCCGUCUUGGCCACUAUCAAAGAUGUCUUGAUACAUCUUAUAGACCCAUGGGCGUUUAUGGCCGUCUCCUUUUCUCAUAUCCCUGCGACGAUUCGUGGACUCAUCCAUGACAGGAACUAUCGCGCGCUCUUCUCCUUCACUGGAUUCCGCGAGGCUCUGUUCGGCACAUUUUGGGCCACCGUCGGGCCAGAUGUAAAGACCAAUGGCGAGCAGCGAGUCAUUCCUCUUCUUGAAGGACGUGUCAAGGGCGGUGUUAUCCAUGACGACAUCGUGAGCACCCCUGUUUAUGGCACUGUCAUCGAGGUCGGCGCCGGAAGUGGCAUGUGGGCAGACGUUUUUGCUCGUUUCCGCGAAAAUGCCAACAACACAGACAACGCAGACGGCCUUCGCAACAGGAAAACCACGGGCGGCCACAUCACCAAGAUUUAUGGCGUAGAGCCCAACCCCAUUUCUGCUAAAGCGCUCGAGAAACGUGUCAAGGACCUUGGUAUGGAUGACAUCUACACCGUCGUCCCUGUUGGUAUUGAAUCUGUCGACGACCCCUCUGCGUGGAACGGCAAGAUUGAGCCCGGCAGUGUUGACUGCAUUGUCGGCAUCCUGUGCCUCUGCAGCAUCCCCGAGCCCGAAAAGAACAUCAAGCUUUUGUACAAGCUGCUCAAGCCAGGCGGACACUGGUACGUCUAUGAGCACGUCAAAGUUUGGCGUGGAGGCCUGCUGCUCAGCCUAUAUCAGCGUAAGUAA